AUGAUUUAUUCGAUGUCAGUUUUCUUUGACUUCCAAAAGUUAGAGUCUACUGUAGAGCUGCUAUGGAUUACUAAAACUACGCGAAGUAUAACGAGCGAGGGAUUUACUAGUAUUAAUAAUAAAAAGGAUGAUGUCGUCGAUGCUCUGGCGGAAGAUGAUAAUAGCAUGAUGGUUAGGAAUUCAGCGCGAAAUGGAAGGGUCCUUAAGGAACCUAAAGGUUUCAUGAGGAUCAUACAAUGGUUUGUAGCCAUCCUGGCAUUUGGAACUGCCACCUCGUUCUCAGUAAUGACUGCAGUAACUAUUAGUUGUGGAGGAUCAGUACGUAACGAAACUGCUACCCUUAAGUUCUCAUACCCAUUCGCCUCUGGUUCGUUAACGUAUGCCUCACCUGCCUGUAACAGCAGCGGUAGCAGUAGUAAUCGCACAGAAUUUGUAGAGCUAGGCAGCAAUAUCUCUGCUAGUGUACAAUUUUUUGUCUUUGUUGGCGUUAUUUCUUUCCUGUAUACGCUAAUAUCUCUUGGUAUCUAUGUCUUUAAAAUUGACCCGGCUAAUCCACCAGAAAGAGAACCAUAUUUUAAAGUGGAUUUCGUAAUUAGUGUCAUAUUUGUCAUAUUUUGGAUUGCUGGUGCUGGUGCUUGGGCGGCUGCAUAA